GCUGUUGUCGGCUCAUUUCAUUCGGCUGUAUUUUUUCGACUCUAGUUGUUUUUCUUCCCCGUUUUCUUAAAGGAAUAAAACUUACAAGUUAUUGAAUGCCUCCGACGAUAAAUCCACCGCAAAAUGCGGAUAGAGAUCGACGACGCCCAGCAGCAGCAGCAGCACCUGGAGAGAGGAGAACUGAUCUUGUCUGUCGAGUGAAAUACUGCAACACUCUUCCUGACAUUCCGUUCGAUCCUAAAUUCAUAACUUAUCCGUUCGACUCUAAUCGGUUUAUCAAUUAUAAUGCUACAUCAUUAGAAAAAAGCUACAAGUAUGAGUUACUUGCUGAAUAUGAUCUUGGCAUUACCAUUGAUCUUAUUAACCCUGAAGCCUACGCCAAAGAGAAAAAUGCCCAUUUAGAUCCGGCUGAUGAAAGAUUGCUUGAAGAAGAUACUCACCACGCACCUCAAGAUGCCAGAAGGAAAGCACAGCAUGCCAAGAAUGUAUCCUGGUUGAGGCGCACAGAGUACAUUUCAACUGAAGCCACACGUUUCCAGCCCAUGUCAAUUGAGAAGGUUGAGGCUAAAGUGGGAUACAGCAUGAAGAAGGCUCUAAAGGAAGAGAAUGCCUACAUGGAUCAUGAAAGCCAGCUCAAAGCCAUUGAAAAGACAUUUGCUGAUGCCAAGAAACCCAUCUUGGAACACUCAACCAAAAAGGGUGUCACUGCAGUUGAAGUCUUGCCUGUCAUUCCCGAUUUCAAGUUGUGGAAGUAUCCGUGCGCUCAGGUCAUCUUCGACGCCAAUCCGGCACCUGUAGACCGACCAUCCAACAUACAAGUGGAGGAGAUGUCCCAGGCAAUGAUUCGAGGUGUGAUGGACGAAACGGGUGAACAGUUUGUCGCCUACUUCUUGCCGACUUCGGAGACAUUGACGAAGCGAGCUCGCGACGCUUCCCAGUCGGUGGAUUACGACGACAACGACGAGUACGACUACAAAAUGGCCCGACAGUACCACUGGAACGUCAAAAGCAAAGCGUCCAAAGGUUACGAGGAGAAUUACUUUAUAGUUUUCCGGGACGAUGCCGUCUAUUAUAACGAGCUGGAGACGCGCGUUCGAUUGACCAAGAGGAGACCCAAGCCUGGCGAGCCUGCCACGUCCAACACCCGUCUGGUUCUCAAACAUCGCUCGCUGACAUCCCGUGAGCAUCGCAUGUUCCGCCAGAGAGAGAGGCAGCUGGAACCAGCCAAUCAAGCUGAAGAUGAAGAGGAGAUGGAAGAGGAUGACGAAGAAAUUGACGAAGACGAAGGAGGAGCUGUCGGUGGCCAGAGAGUCAUCAAGGACGACGACAAAGAAGACGAAGGGAAAGAAGAUGCAGACAGUGACGCUCAAAGCAAUCGCUCCCGAUCUCGCUCCCGAUCCAAGUCUAAAUCUCCCCGAUCGGCCAGCAGCGGAGGUUCCAGCAGUCGUUCACGGUCAUCUAGUGCAGCCUCAUCUCACCGAUCUGCCUCACCUGUACCAGUUAAGGUUGAGGACCAACCGCGUGACAAAAAGAGCAGCAGUGGCAGCGGUAGUUCGUCCUCGUCGUCGAGUGCCAGCAGUAGUGGAAGUAGCAGUGGAAGCAGCAGCGACAGCGAGUGAGCCUCUUCUGCAUUGAGAUUUCCUUUUUUCACAAAUUUUUUGUUUACAAAUCGGCAUUGAAUACAAAACAACUUUUUCACUUUG